UCCCCAUAUUAACUAUUAAGGAACCCAUCUCUCUCUCUCUCUCUCUCUCUCUCUCUCUCUCUACAAUGUCGACGAACCACCAUGUCCUCCGCCUCGUCCUCUCCUGCCGCAAAAUCACAGCGCAGGUGACGAGCCCCAGCAGCUCCUCAAUCAUAGCCAUGGCCUCCUCCUCCGAGCAAGAGUUCGUCGCCCAGUACCGCGCCAAGCUCAACCGCUUCCCUCGCUCUCAGACCUUCUGGGACGCCAAGGUCGCCUUUCGCGUCGGCGAGAAGCUCGGCCUCCGCCUCCGGGAUAUCGGCGUCACCGGCGUAGAGAUCGACGUCGGCGAAGAGCUAUCGAGGCCCGUCCACCACCGCAUUAGGCUAUUGCCGCUCUUCGAUUCCGUUAAACGAGCCGGCGUCGUCGUCAAUGGCGCCGACGAGCUUGGGAUCGGUCCACCUAGCUAGGUUUUGAUUUAAUCGAUCCGAAUAAACGGUGAAGAUAGACAAGUGUAAUUGGUUUCGGUGUGAGUGAGAUACACGGAAAGAGUGACUCAGUUUUGAUUCUUGUACGGCUUAUAGAAAUGAAAUUAAAGGGAUUUUGCUUGUAAUGUAAUUGAAAUCAGAAUUUUGUACACUUACCACCACUAUAUUAUU